GCCGCUGGCUCUUGCCCGAUCUCUGCGACAGUUUUCGAUUCAUUCCCCCAGUGGACGGGCACGCGAAUAGUUCGCUUCGCUCCGGUACAUUUCGGUUCUCCUCCAGCCUCCCAGCCUCAAAGCUCCAGAGAUCGAAGAUCAAUCAGUGUUACAGUGAAGUGUUCCCGUGAGAGUGCCAUGUGGCCAUAGAGGCUACAAGAAGACAGAGAAAAGGAACAGACAAGAAGACACAACAAAAUACUACGCACAACAUCCAUCCAGAAUGACGCGCAGCGAGGACAACGGCCACACCAAUGGGGCCUUCAACGAGGACUCUGAGGUGUCCCUGGACAUCCCCACGAACACCCUCUAUCACACGUCGCGCGACUGCAUCGUCCAGGAGGAGCAGUCCGGGGAGUCGGAGAGCUGCCUGGAGGCCUCGAGGGGCUGCUGCCGCAGCCUGUGGCACAACAUCUUCCGCAAGAAGACGCUGUACAAGCGCUUCCCCAUCCUGACGUGGCUGCCGCAGUACAAGAAGGACUACAUCUUCGGCGACCUUGUGGCGGGCAUCUCGGUGGCGCUGACGGUGAUUCCCCAGGCCCUGGCCUACGCGGGCAUAGCGGGGCUGGACCUGCAGUACGGUCUGUACGCUUGUUUUCUGGGGUGCUUCAUCUACAUCUUUAUCGGAUCGAGCAAGGACGUGCCCAUCGGUCCCACGGCCAUCUCGGCGCUGCUUUCCUUCCAGAUCGCGGGCGGGAGCUGGCAGAUCGCCACGCUGCUCACCUUCCUCACGGGCAUCAUCGAGAUCCUGAUGGGCGCGUUCCGGCUGGGCUUCCUCAUCGACUUCGUUUCGGGACCAGUGGGGGCGGGCUUCACCAGCGCCGUCUCCCUGAUCAUCUUCAGCUCCCAGAUGAAGGACUUUCUCGGGAUCCAGACCAGCGGCAACACCUUCCUGCAGGUGUGGAUCAGCAUCGUGAAUGACAUCCACAACAUCAGCUGGCCGGACUUUAUCCUCGGCCUCAUUUGCAUCACACUGCUGCUCAGCCUGCGCGCCCUCGCCAGCUGCAGCGUCGGCCCCAAGGAGGGCAAGUCCUCCGGCCAGGCGCUCCUCACGGGGAUCUUCUGGACGGUGGGCACGGCCCGGAACGCUCUCCUCGUCUGCGGCACUGCAGGUCUGGGGUACUGGCUCUCGGUUAGCGGCCAGGAGGAUCUCGUCCGCACGGUGGGAUUUGUGCCCAAGGGCAUGCCCUCCUUCCAGCCGCCGCCGUUCCACAUCGACGCUGUUGUGAACGAAACCACCGGCGAGGUGCUGGUGGAUGGCCAGAGCUUCUGGGAUAUGGUCAGCACUCUGGGCUCGGGCCUCAUUGUCGUCCCGCUGAUUGCCCUGCUCGAGACGAUGGCAGUGGUCCAGGCCUUUGCCGAUGGCAAGCCCACAGAUGCCACGCAGGAGCUGAUUGCCUCCGGGGUCUGCAACGUGGCCAACUCCUUCGUCCAGGGUCUGCGCAGCAACGGAGGCAUUGCGAGGGGCGCCAUCCUCAAUGCCAGCGGAGUGCGCACCCAGCUCUCGAACCUGUACACCAGCGUGAUCGUGAUCAUCGCCCUGCUCUACCUCACCCCCUGCUUCUACUACAUCCCCAAGGCGGCCCUCGCCUCCAUCAUCAUAGCAGCCGUCGUCUUCAUGGUGCAGUAUCGAGUGAUCAAGCCGAUGUGGCACAGCAAAAAAACCGAUCUCAUUCCCGGCCUGGGCGCCUUCUUUGCCUGUUUGGUCCUGCCUCUGCAGCUGGGCAUCCUCGUGGGCAUCGGCAUCAAUGUGGUGUUCAUCCUCUACCAGGCGGCCCGUCCCAAGCUGCGGAUCGAGACGUUGGCGACAUCGAGUGGCCUGAAGUACCUGAUGCUCACGCCCGACCGCUGCCUGAUCUUCCCCUCGAUGGAGUUCGUUCGCAAGGUGAUCAACAAGCAGGGAGUCAAGUCCACCUUGCCCGUUGUGAUCGACUGCACCCACAUUUACGGAGCGGACUUCACCGCCGCCAAGGUCAUUUCCACGAUGGUCAUGGACUUUGCCCAGCGCCAGCAGCCGCUGUUCUUCUACAACCUCCAGCCGCGCGUGGCGCAGGUCUUCGAGGGCCUCAACAAGGACCUGGUCGUGAUCUACGACCUCACCACGCUGCACUCCAAGCUGGCGGAGAAGGGCUCGGCCUGAGCCGUUUGAAAUGCGAUCUGCUGACCGCUACAACCUCGUCACACUUAGUCUCUGCUUAGUCGCAGUCUCAGUCUUAGGUUAGUCUUGUGAGCCCCGCCGAGGCCACCGACUGGUCGCCCACGCACAUGGCCAAAGUCGCGUCGACAGUAAGAUUUCACAUGGCUCGCAGCUUAAUUAGCAUUUAAGUUGGGCCAAUCCUCCAUUGUCGCCUAGUUUAGGUAUACUCGUACGCAUAUUUAUAUUUAUUUUACAUUUGUUCGUUUCGCACCUUGGCCUCUGCCGAAAUAUUUGCGAAUUUUGUUGAGCGAAAUCCAAGUCCCACCCCCACGAUAUUACUGCUGUGCAUAGUAUUAUAUUGAAAACCAAUAGCCAACGAUGAGUAUUAUGAUAAGUACUUAAAUAAAGCCAGAAAAUGAACAGUAAAAGCCUGAA